CUAGAAGCGAGCACCGCUGAGAGCCUGGUGAGUCGUGACACACGCUCGCAGCCUGCUGAUCACUCUUCCGGACGCCCGUCACAAGAUGUGCGAUUCCCGGUCCCGCACAUGGCCAGCCUGGAUACCAACGAGGGGGAGUCGGCAGUACACCAUCCGCCAACACCUCCUGCAGCAGACGACGCUGCAAUCUCCGCAGAAUCCGCUUCGCCUGCGCUCUCGCCGCUAUCCGGCUCAUCGAGCGCUGCAUCUUUGUCCGGAGUCGACGAGGCCAAGGUCAGCCAGAUUCUGGCAGCAUGCAGGGAUCAUGAUCUCGACGCUCUGAGGGAAUUGGCCGCGUCUGCGAAUGGUCUCGUCGAAGACUGUGUUCGGCGCACGGCAUGGCCGGUGCUCCUGGGUUGCAACGACGAGGCGGCCAGUGAGAACAACGACUGGGCCUCUUUGGGGCGACAUCGAGAUGAGGACCAGGUUCAGCUGGAUGUAAAUCGCUCUUUUGUGUACUACCCCGAGAAUGACUCCGAGAAGCGCAUGGAGGAGCGCAAACGUGAGCUGUCACAUGUCAUCACCGCGACUUUGAGACGACACUCCAUGCUUUGCUAUUUCCAGGGCUAUCACGAUAUCAUACAGGUCCUCCUCUUGGUGCUCGGAGCUGAUGCCGCAAGUGCUGCUGCUGCUCGGCUGUCGCUCUUGCGCAUUCGAGACUUUAUGCUGCCGACCUUGACGGCUGCUGAAGCUCAUCUUCACCUGCUCCCCAGCAUCCUUUAUGCUGCGGAUCGAGGACUAUACAAACACCUGUCAGGUGCAACCCAGCCAACGCCAUUCUUCGCCCUUGCAGCAACGUUAACGCUAUAUGCGCAUGAUAUCGAGGAAUAUGGAGACAUUGCCCGACUGUUCGAUUACUUACUGGCUAGUGAAGCUGUCGUACCAGUCUACCUUUUCGCAACGAUUGUAAUGUCCAGGAAGAAAGAACUCCUGGAAAUCGACCAUGAUGAACCGGAGAUGCUCCACUCCAUUCUCUCAAAGCUUCCCAAGCCUCUGGACCUGGAGGCUCUGAUCCACCGUACACAGACUCUCUUCAUCACUUAUCCGCCCGAGCAGCUCCCCAAUCGAGCCUGGAAACGAGUGAGCUCCUAUUCGGUGCUUAAGACGACCCGCGACCCGCAGGCGCUCUCCAAGCAGACUCUGCAGGAAGGCGAGCAGCUCUUUGCCUUGCAAGCUGCAGAGAUCCACAGGCAAGAUGCAUUAAAGCAGGUCCGGCAGCGCAUGCAAGCGCUCGCCUACAAAUACCGGCGUCCAGUCAAAUGGACCGGGACUGCGAUCCUCGUUGCUGCAUUGGCGCUGUAUCUUGGGCGCACAACUCAUGGUUCAGUGGGAUUGGGCUAUUUGACUUCACUCGUUCGGCGUCUGAGCCAUGUAACGUGGGACGUCGCAAGAACGUUCGCGCCCUGA